CCUCAAAUUCAAAUUUCAAAUCCUUAUCCCUUCGAUUAAAUUCAAACAGUGCCCCAAAAAUUCAAAAUUUUCACCAGGAAAACCAAAAUUCUCUAUCUCAGAGAUGGAUUUUGAAAAUAUGAAAAGGAAACAACUACAAGCACUAUGCAAGGAACAUGGAAUUCCUGCAAAUUUAACCAAUUUAGAAAUGGCCAACAAGCUUUCUUCACUUCUUAAGGUAAAUGAUGAAAAGCCCUUAACUCGAGGGCGAUCAUGUUUAAAGAUAUUGGAUGAGAAUGUGAAUGAUAGAGAGUUUGAUGUUGUAAAUAGGAAGGUAAAGAAAGUGAAGUUUAGUCCUGAUAAUGAAAUUAUCGAGUUCACGAGAUCGGCUCGAGGGGAAAGGGUAGGGAGGCGGAAGACAAUGUUGUACAAGAACAACUUGAACGUUAGGAGUGAUGGAUUAAAGGUAGGCAUUUUGGAUAGUCCAGUUAGGGUUACUAGGUCGCAGAGAGUGAAUAUGGAAGAUGGUGUUACUGAGAAAAAGGGCAAGACAAGGCAUGUGAAAGAUAGUGUAAUUUCAGUGAGUGAGAGUAAGGAUGAAGUUGGAGUGACCACAAGAAGAUCUUUGAAGAACAAGGAAGGAAACGAGGGCGUGAAUGAUGGUUUGCGGAUGACUAGAAGAGUAAGAAGUCGGAAAAAUGCCAAGGACGGUGUAGAGGAUUCUCAGGAGGAACUGAAGAUAGACGAAAGUGAAAAGGAAAUUGGUAGGGUAGAGAAGAGGGACAAGAAAGUGACAUUCAUUAGCGGUGGUCAAAUGGAUGAGUGCACAAAGUCUGAAACAAAAGCCAAGGAGACAAAAAGAGUAACGAGAAGGAAAUCUAUGGCUCAUAAUCAGACCUUGCCUGUUCAAAUUGAGGUUGAUGCUGAAGUAAGGGAGGAGGUUGCGGAGAAGCCAGCUCGGGUUACAAGGUCUCGGAACUUGAAACCAGUUGAGGAUAAUGUCUUUAACAAAAGGAACCGGACAAGGGGUAAGAACUGUACUGAAUUUGUUGAAUCUUCAGUUGAAGCUGUCAAAGAUGAAGUCAGAGUAAACACGAGAAGGUCUCAGCAGAAUAGUGUGGUGGAGGCACCCAAAAAGGCUUUGAAGAGGCCUGGAAGGGUAGCUAAUAAGGAUGAGGAGGGAGCAAGGUUGAGUGAUGGUGUUACUAAAGAAAAGAUGGUUACUAGGGGUACGACCAGAAAUCAGUCUAACUUAACUGUAGAAGCUUCAACAUCGGAAAGUGGAACUAAAAUUGUUGAAUCUAAGGGGAAACUUCAAGUGGUUGUUCAACUUGAAGAACUAAUAGAUCUUCCUCUUAGAAGAAGUGAUAGGCGCAAAUCUGUUUUUCCUUUGGAGAAAUUGAGAGGUGAUGAAGUUGCGGCCAAGAAGGAGAAAAGAAAUUUCUUAAAUGCUAAUGAUGAUGAGCUAAGGCAAAAAGGUACAGAAGAAGAACCCCAGAAGGCAUUGAAGCGGUCAAAAAGGCUUGCUACACAAGUGGCAGAUUCAGUAUUGGCCAAAGAUGAUAUUGCUGAAAAUAAAAUAGAUAGACCAACUGAAUCUCAAGGGACUCUUGAAGUGGUUCUUCAAACUGGAGAAGUUCCUAUGAGAAGUAAUAGGCGCAAAUCUGUUGUUCCUUCGUUGGAGAAAGUAAGAAGUGAUGAAGUUGUGGUUGUGAAGGAGAAAAGAAACUUAAAUGCUAAGGAUGGCGAGAUAAGGAGUAAAGGGACAAAAGAAGAACCCCAGAAGACAUCAAAGCGGUCAAAAAGGCUUGCUAAACAAAUGGAAGAUCCUGUACUUGCUAAACGUGAUAUUGCUGAAAAUAAAUUAGAAGAAGGGAGAAGCUCUAGAGGGAAUGUUUCUAAUGCAAAUGUAGACACCAAGAUAUUGGACAGUUCAGUGCAGGAAGAAACUUCUGUGGUGAAAGAAGAGAGGAGAGGUUCUGGAAGGAGUGCUGCUAGGCAUACUCUUGCAGCUGUUUCAGAUGAUAAGAAGGAAAAAGGUGAGAAUAAGCUGACAAAGAGAAACUGCACUGUUAUUCAAGAAAAAGAUUCUACCAAGAAGUUCACCCUGCAAGAUUUAGAUUCUCCGAAACAGUCCAUGAGUAGUACAAAAGCAAGUGACAAGGCUGCAGUUGUUAAAAAGACAAGUACUGCUGGGAAGAAGCAGCAGGGUCGACUAAAAAGAUCUAAUGUGAUCGUAGAAGUUCCCAUGCCUGAGGACAUGGAAAUAGUCAGAGAACCAGACAAUAUAGAUUGUAAUAUCUCAGGGUCACGAGGUACAACGGGCUUCUCAAGAUCAUCUCAGAAUGAGUUAGAAGCUGUCCCAGAUGAUUUCAAUAUAGUUCUUGCUGUCACCAAGGAUGACACAGCUGCUGAGUCGAGCACCCUAGCUGACAAAUUGAUUGAGGAACGACCUUUCGUAGAUGCGAAUUCUUCUCAAUCUGAAAACAACUCCGCAUCGAAAUCUCUUUCAUUCAGUGAUCCUUUCAACUCUGACGCUAGACCUGAGGAAAAUUUAGUAGCGGAAUUUCUGAAGUCUGACCAUGAGGAGCCUGCAAGCAAAGGCCUAUGUCCUAGCUUUGUUUUGGCUGAUGAUGCAGUUCCAAAUGACAUAACUUCUGACCAACAGGAGCCUGGUGCAAUAGCAGCAGAUAAUGCAGAAGAAUUUGUCAUAGGAUUAUCUUUUGAUGUUCUUGAUAAUUGUUCUCUAAGCCAGAGUGAUAAUGUGGGAGAGAACCUUGAUUCUGGAACUAAGGAUGAUGCAGCUGCUGAGUCAAGCAGCCUAGCUGAUAAAUUGAUAGAGGAAGAACCACUUGUAGAAGCAAGCGCUUCUCCAUCUGAAAAUAAUUCCACACCUGAUCCAUUCAGUGAUUCAUUCAACUCCAAUGCUAGACCCAAGGAGAACCUAGAUGAGGAACUUUUGCAGUUUGAUCAUGAGGCGUCUGCAAGCAAAGAUCUAUGUCCAAGUCCAGUUUUGGCUGAAGAUGUUGUUCCAAAUGAAAUAACCUCUGACAAACAGGAGCAUGGUUCAAUAGCAGCAGAUAAUGCAGAAGGAUUAUCUGAUGAAGUUCUUGAUAAUUGUUCACUAAGCCAGAGUGAUAAUAUGGAAGAGAGCCCUGAUUCUGGCUUUAAAGAACAAUCGGAGGCUGGAUGUGUUGUUACUGAAGGAAUAACUUAUGGUGAUCAGGAGCCUGCAAGCAAAGGCCUAGGUCCUAGCUCAUCUUUGGCUGAUGAUGCAGUUCCAAAUGACAUAACUUCUGACAAACAGGAGCAUGGUGCAGUUGUGGCGGAUAAUGCAGAAGAACUUGACACAGGUUUAUCUAAUGAAGUUCUUGAUAAUAUGGAAGAGAACCUUGAUGCUGGCUUGAAAGAGCAAUCAGAGUCUGGAUGUGUUGUUAAGGAGGGGGUAGCUUAUGGUGAACGGGAGCCUGAAAGCAAAGGCCUAUGUCCUAGUUCUGUUUUGGCUGAUGAUGUAGCCCCAAAUGACAUAACUUCUGACAAGCUGGAGCAUGGUACAAUUGCAGCAGAUAAUGCAGAAGAAUUUGACUCAGGAUCAUCUAAUGAAGUUCUUGAUGACUGUUCAGUAAAUCACAGUGAUAAUAUGGAAGAGAAGCUUGAUUCUGGUUUUAAAGAACAAUCAGAGAGUCGAUGUAAUGAUUCUGUUAGUGUAAAUUAUGGUGAACAAGCGCUAACUGUAACAGACCAUGCAAAAGAGUUUGGUGCGGGGUUGUCAAGUAAUGUCUCGUUGGACACUUUGGGGGCUUUCAAUCAGAGCAAUGAGAUGGAAGUUAAAGUUUCUGAGGCAGAAGAUGAAUCUGGUCCUAUGGAACAAGCAGAAGCUGAAUCUGAUCCCGUGGAAGCUAAGCAUGAUCUAGAUGCACCUACCUUCACAAGUCAAGGUGAAAUACAUGCAGAAGAAUGUGCAAACUUGGAGGCGGCUGCUUCUGAGAAAACUGUUUCAAGUCCCAUAAAAGCAGUUCUAGAUCUCCAAGAACCGGGUAUUCUUGGUGAUGGCAUCGCAUUACAUGUAACUUCUUCAGAGGACAGUGAUGAAGAGAAGCAAGCAGGCGAAGAACUUAAAAAUUUGUUUGCCACUCCUUGUUAUGUUUCACACUCUAAAGAAGAAAAGAAAGCGUCUUUGGAUGGUGAUUCAAGGGAUGAGGAUCUCAACAGAGAGGGGCAAGUUUCUCCCAUUAGUGGUUAUGAUACAUCAAGUCUCCAAAGUUCUGUCCGUGAUUGUGGUGAACAUGGCCAAGGAGAAUAUUUGAAAAAUUUGUUUGCCACACCAUUUGGUAGUAGAAGCAGCAAGGUAGAAAUAGCAGCCGGUAGCAGUCAAUACAAGCACAGUUGCCAUGAAAAUGAGAACAUGGGGGAAGUUCUUAAAGGCUUGUUUGCUACGCCCUCUGCUGUUUCACAAUCUGUUGUACACCAACACUACCUUUUUCAAAGUCAAUUGAGUGGAGAAGCAAUGACCAAGAGAGAAGGACUUGGCUCAAGCGGAAAAGAAAAUUUAAGUGAAUCUGUGAGGGGUUUGAUUGAGAACAAGCAAGUGGAACAUGUAAGGAAUUCGUUUGCCUCACCAGUCUCUGUGAAAUGCACUAACCAAGAGACUACUUCUAGCGAAGGAAAGUACAGCCAGAGUCAUGAAAUGAAAAUUUAUAUUUGCAGUGGAGUGGAAAGAAAUCUUGGUGAAUCUGAAGCUGGGUCUGUUGGAGUCGACCAAGCUCCCGAGACUUCACAUAUCACUGCUUUCAACUAUGGUGAUGAAAAUGAACAAGAAAAUCAAUUGAAAAUGCUGUUUGAUUCACCCAUUGUUACCACCCAGUCUCUGAACCAAAUGGAUGGAACAUCAAGAAAGACAGAAACCAAGAAUUGUUUUUUGUCUGGCAGUGUUCAAGGGCUAGGGUUCUCUCGUAACAAAGUCUUUCCAGUUGCACAUCCGAAUGCUAUGGAUCUGGACGAGCGUGAGAGCGUAGAUUCCAAACAUUUUGAAGAACAAAUUAAAGUUGGGAAGAUCAAAGAAACUGCUGAGUGCAUGAAAGAAUCCAGUGCACUUGAAGAAAAGAACAAUGAAGGUCAGGGUAAUGUGCUCUCAGUAACAUCAGCUAAAAGCAUGACUCCAUUGAAGAAGGAGGAGUUUUCUUCUCAAGAACGUAAUAUCAAAGAAACUGCUGAGUGCAUGAAAGAAUCCAGUGCUCUUGAUGAAGAGAACAAUGAAGGUCAGGGUAAUAUGCUGUCUGCAACGUCAGCUAAAAACAUGACUCCAUUGUGGAAUGAUGAGUUUUCUUCUCAAGAACCUAAGACGGCAGAUGUUGCAAAGUCGGGGGAAAUGGUUAGUGACACAGAGAUGACUACAAGACGUGAAAGCUAUGUUCAGGAAGUUGUUGACAUAGAGGAACACAAAAUUGAGGAAACAGUGGCUGACAAGGAUUUGUUGCUAUUUUCUUCUCAAGAACCUAAGACAGCAGAUGUUGCAAUGUCAGGAGAAAUGGUUAUAGACAGAGAGAUUAAUACAAGACAUGAAAGCUGUGUUCAGGAAAUUGGUGACAUAGAGGAAUACAAAAUUGAGGAAACGGUGGCUGACAGGGAUUUGUUGCAAAGAGGAGAUAUCUCUAGAGGUCUGGAAGAAGAUGUUUAUGUUGGAAUUGCAAACGAAAGCACUUCUCCUAUUAUUUCAGAGCCUACAUGUGAUGAUGUUGGAUUUUCUGGACAGAAAAUGAUGCCGGAUAUCAAUAAGAGCAGUCUCGAGAACGUUAAAACAUCUGAUGCUUUUAAUGAAGGUACUGAAGACCACUUGAAACUGCAGUUUGCGACCCCAAUCAAAAGAACAAGCCCUUCCAGAUUGGGUGAAGCUUCUAGUUGUCAAUUGAAGACAGCAACGAUUGCAAUGGCCUCUGAAAUGGCUGGUAAGCAGCCUGAGCAAGGGUUUGAAUUUUCUGGAGAACCACUUACUGUUGAGAUUAUUAGUGGAGGUUCCAAUAGUACAAAAAGAUCUUAUUUCUCCAAGGAGAUUGAACAAUUUGAAGGAGGGCCUCUGUUUCCUAUACCAUCAAAAGGUACAUGUCCUCUUCAGUUGGAGGAAAGUCCUGGUUGUGAGGAAGAUAUCUUCAAUUAUCUGGAUGGUGUUAAGUUCCUUAACUCUCAGGAACAAAAUUUUGCACAGCACAAAGAUCGUCAACUUCUAAGUGAAAUGACAUAUGAUGCUGGUGAAGCUACACUCGAUUGGUUUCAAACAAAAGACGACAAUGUUCCCGGACAGAAAGAACUGGAGGCGCAGAAAGAAAAUGAUUAUGCCCACCCGUUUGAGCCCUUGCAUGAGGAAGGGGAAGUCGCAGAAGAUGAUGCUCUGGCUGAGGGCAACGAAGACGAUCAUCUAGUAGCGUAUCAGGAAUCUCUAGAAGAAGGAUUAAUUGAUACUGAUGAAGCAGCAAAACGUGGUGCUGUAUGUGAUGCAGUUUUCCAACAACCUAACAUUUCUUUAACUGAUAUCAAAACUGAGAACAUAACUCAGGAGAGCACAAGGAAGACUGAUGGCAUUUCCGUUAGUGCUGAAAGUGGAAUUCUUGAAUUUGAUGCUGAAUCCACUGCAUUAAGAAGUCAGGAAACGAUUAUCAUCAGAGUAGAAGAGACUGAGGGAGAUAAAGUACAAAAAUUAGAAGUGAGAAAUAUCAGUAAUGCUUUCCUACAGAAUAUUCCCAAUGAUGAUAAAUUUGCAAAAAAAAAUUCAAUAGUUUUGCAUGCUGAUGAGCAGUUCCACUUUCCAGAACAUUAUGUGAAAGAAAAUGUUUCGACCACUGAGGAGUUUACGGCUUCCACAAAUGAAUGUGAACAUGUUUCUAAGGAAGAUGAUCUUGCUGCUGAGGGAGACAGACUUGUUAUUUUUGAAUCAAAUGAGAGCACAUCUAUGAAUGUUAACGCUUCAGGUCUCACCACAAAAAUGGACCUGCCUGGAAUAUUCGCAGGAGAGAGUGACAAUAAAACCCAUUCAGCAUUAUCUGAAGAGCCUCAGAGUGGAAGUGAUCAGGGGAUUUCCAGUGCAGCUAAACAACAAGAUGAGGAUUCUUUUGAUAUAAAGGAGCAUGAAUCAACAGAAGCAGUGUUAUUAUCACCCUCUUCAAAAUCUCGUGAAAACAUUAGCUUUAUCAAGAAAGGCAUUGCUGGUGAAGAUACAUUGAUGUUUGAGAACAAGGAUGAGUUGGCUGAAAAGAAAGUACCUUUAACGCCAGCAGCAGGUGUGGUUAAAACUUCUUUUGCCAAGCACUUGAACUCCACUGUGAAAAAGAAGAAUGCCAGAAGCAUUCUGAUACAUGGAACCCCCAACAAACUAACUCAGAUAGCUGACAUGAAGGAAAAUGCUCCAAGUGUUAAGGGAGAUAUCGGCACUUUAACAGCUGUAAGGCCUGAGAAGCGACCUGCUUUGAAAGACCUUCCAUGGAAAUAGAAGAAACAUGUCUGUAAAUCUUGAGUUUUUUCUUUUUCUGAUUGCCCUGGUUUGUUGAUGGCAUGCAUCUCAUGGCUAUAUUUCUUACAUGAGAGCAUACAGAUUGUGUAUUUAUGUCAUUUUUAUGUUAUUCCAUGGGUUUGACAUUGUAACUAUUCUUCUGAUUUUUUUGGUAAAAGAUUGAUUGACAAGAACAAGUCUCUAAAUGUAAUGAUUUUAUUACCAAAUCACACAGAUAAUUUCCAGUUUU